AUGAUACGUUUUUUCACGGAGUCCACGAUCCACAAUCUCAAGAGUUGGCUAGGGCAAAUCAGCCGUUCAAGAAGCAUUUUGAACAUGAAAUCGAGAUGUACUUCUUUGGUAUUCUAUCUUUUGACUAUCGUCCUCUUUGUUGCAGCCAAGGAGAAGGGUAGUGGAUCCCUUUUUGAAGAAGCUAUGCUGACCUCGGCACCUCUACCAGACGUAAAGAAGACAACGAUCAGGAGUCGCCGAAGCAUACCGAGGUCCUCGUUCUCCAAUCGUGAAGGCCAUCUUGAGGCUCUUUGA